GCUUCAAAAAGCUGCUGAAAGUUGAAACGACACAAAAAACGAGUUCUUGUUCUCACCGGGAAUUCUUCCAUUCAUUUCACUCCCAAAACCUAGCUGUAAAAUUGUGAUACUCCAACUCAUUUUUCUAAAUUUAGUUGACCGAAAAUAUUGUUUUUCAUUGCCGGAGAUUCGUCGGAAAGCAGAGAACUGCUUCUUACUUAGGGUUUUAGAAACAAAUGGAGACGAAUAACAGUAACAACAACGGGGUGAGGUUUUUGUUAGGGAAGCAAUCGUCGAUGGCGCCGGAUCGCCAGCCGGAGGAGGCGGAGUUGGCGGAAGACGGUGAGGAGAUCGAUCCAGGGGUGCGAUUGAUGUAUUUGGCGAAUGAAGGCGAUUUGGAAGGGAUUAAGGAGCUUUUAGAUUCAGGAAUUGAUGUUAAUUUUCACGAUAUUGAUAAUCGGACGGCGCUUCAUAUUGCUGCUUGUCAAGGCUGCAACGAGAUCGUCGAUUUACUGCUCCGCCGUGGCGCUGAAAUUGACCCCAAAGAUCGCUGGGGCAGUACGCCUCUUGCAGAUGCUAUAUUCUACAAAAACCAUGAAGUUAUCAAAUUGCUGGAAAAAAGGGGCGCAAAACAUCUGAUGGCUCCCAUGCAUGUCAAACAUGCUCGUGAAGUCCCAGAAUAUGAAAUUGAUCCUAAAGAAUUUGACUUCACAAACAGUGUCAACUUGACCAAGGGAACCUUCCAUCUUGCAUCAUGGCGCGGAAUCCAAGUUGCAGUCAAAGAGCUUCCUGAGGAUGUGAUUUCAGAGGAGGAUAAAGUGAACGCCUUCAGAGAUGAGCUUGCAUUGCUUCAGAAGAUUCGGCAUCCUAACGUGGUUCAAUUUCUUGGUGCCGUCACUCAAAGUAGUCCCAUGAUGAUUGUCACUGAAUAUUUGCCUAAGGGAGAUCUUUGUCAACUUUUACACAAAAAAGGACCACUAAAACCAAUUGUAGCUGUGAAAUUUGCCCUUGACAUUGCUAGGGGAAUGAACUAUUUGCACGAAAAUAAACCUGCACCGAUCAUCCACCGUGAUCUUGAGCCAUCAAAUAUAUUGCGAGAUGACACUGGGAACCUGAAAGUUGCAGACUUUGGAGUUAGCAAGUUGCUCACAGUCAAGGAGGAUAAACCUUUAACAUGUCAAGACACUGCUUGCCGAUACGUCGCUCCAGAAGUUUUCAAAAAUAAUGGAUACGACACCAAAGUAGACGUCUUCUCCUUUGCUUUAAUUCUACAAGAGAUGAUCGAAGGACAACCACCAUUUUCAAACAAAAAAGAAAAUGCCAUUUGUAAAGGGUAUGCAGCCGGAAUGCGCCCUCCUUUCAAAGCUCCAGCUAAAUGCUACGCCCAUGGAAUUAAAGAGUUGAUUGAAGCUUGCUGGGAUGAGAGGCCAUCAAAGAGACCAACUUUUAGACAGAUAAUCACAAGGUUGGAAACAAUUCAUCACAGUCUUAGCCAUAGAAGGCGUUGGAAGCUCCCAACGUUGAGAUGUUUUCAGGAUCCUGAUGCCAAGAUAAGAAGAGACCAUCUCUCCAGUAGCCGGAGCCUUUCAUCGCGAUCUGCAAGCAGCAUAUGAAUCAACCAACUCCAAAACCUUCAGCUUAUGUUUGUUGUAGAAAAUUUUUUUCUUUUGUUAUAUUCAUUUCAGUUCAAAUUUGUUUGCAACCCCAAAAUAAUGUGUUGCUGCUUGUGCAAUUCCAUUGCAAAUUCUCUCUCCCUCCUUAAGUUUCUGGGUUGAGAUCUCAUAUUGUACAUUGUUGCUUUUACACUCAUGAAUACAACAAUUUGUUUGUACAUUAAAAUGUAACACGAUUAACCCAAAAUGUUCAAGAAAAUUGUAUUUGAAA